GAUGUGGGGGGUGCUGUUCGACUUAAAUACACUGCAGCAUCCAGAGGGACCAGUCUCCCUGCAUUCCCUCCUCUCGCUGUCUCGCACUCGCUCUCCCUGUGAUUCCGCCGCUGCCUCUGCGACCGGUGGACCCUCUUGCAGAAGCUGCUCUCUGAGUAACGGACAGAACCUCGGAGGAGGAAACUACUCUGCACGAGAUAGCGCCUGUACCUCUGUAGCCCAGGAUGGAUGUGCUGAAGAAGGGCUUCUCCAUAGCCAAGGAAGGGGUGGUGGCUGCCGCCGAGAAGACCAAGCAGGGAGUGGAGGAGGCGGCGGCCAAGACCAAGGAAGGGGUCAUGUAUGUAGGUACUAAGACAAAGGAAGGUGUGGUACACAGUGUAAACACAGUGGCCCAGAAGACCACCGAGCAGGCCAACAUCGUGGGCGAGACAGUGGUGGGCAGCGCCAACCAGGUGUCUGCGAAGACGGUGGAGGGAGUGGAGAACGUUGUGGCCUCCACUGGAGUUGUGAACCCGGAUGACGCUGUAAACCAGGAGGACUUCUCCCGUCCACCAGAGGGCACUGUAGAGCAGGCUACAGACGCUGUAGAGCAGGUGGGCCACUAGCCCUUUUGUCAUGGGAACAAUGGAGCUCUCCCCUUCCAGCCAGCAGGGGGAGCCCUUGGGCUUGCUUCUCCACCUGAAGACUCCACAGUUCUAGGAUGUGUUUACACUAAUAACCUGUUGACCUAAAGAAGACAAAAUGAAAACUUCCCUCAACUCAACCUCCAACCCCCACCCCCCCUCCACUAUUGAUCACCACCCACCAUCCUACCCUUCUCCUCAGAUAGGUGCUCUUCAGAGGCUUUUUCAGUGGUCAUGAUCACCCUUGGAAGACGCACUCUGUGCCAACAGUAGAGAUAGUCCACUGCACACUGCUGGCAAUGUGUCCAGAAUUUAAACAGUAAACAUCAGCAGUGAUAAACACAUAGCUGACUGUCAAGAGUACAGGAAAAAUCUUCAAUGCUCAAGCAGUUCUGCUUAAGAGGAAAAGAAAACUCCAGAACUGAAUGGACCCUUCAGCCCACAAGGCUCCUCCUUUUUCUGCAGAAUCACUGAUGAUCUCUAGGGUGUUUCUUCUGAGAGGUUCCCAGUGUGGCUAAGCAAGCUCUUUGAGUUUCAGCUGCAGUAGUGAGCACGUUUGUGAACCCUUAGUAUUUUUUUUUUAAUUUCAUGUAUUUGAGACCUAAAAUGUUAUUAGAUCUUAAUCUAAGUACUAAAAUAAAGUCAACCUGAUUAAACAAAUGACAUUAACAUAUAGUCUUUCAACAUUUAUUUACCUUCAAAUAAUACAUGAUUUUAGCUCAUUACUAAUUUCAUAAAUCCUUCAACUCUGUGAGCUCUGCCUCACAUGGACAGCUUGCGUCAGUCUCUGUCACAACAUCUUGAUGAGGUUUAGAUCUGUGCAUAUGUUUCUGAUCAUUGUCUUGCUGCAAACCCACUUUAGGUUCAGCUUCAGGUCACCAAUGGCUGGCCUGAUACUCUCCUCUUGAGUCUUCAUGGUACAAUGCAGGACUCAAGGUUGUGUCAAUAAUGGCAAGCUGUCCUGGUCCUGAACCAACAGCCCCAAACCACUACAGUGCCAUCAAUGUGCCAGUGCCAUCAGUUCUCCUUUAACUCUUCUGGCCCGAGAACAUUGUUCCAGAAGCCUUGUGGAUCAACUAUGUGCUUUUUGAUUAACUUCAGAUGUAUCUAGCAAUGUUAUUUUUGUAGAGCAGUGGUUUUCCCCUUCCUAUUCUUCUAUAAGUACCAUUUUUUUCAGACCUUUUCUGAUUCAAUUGAGUUCUGAACUCCAACAUUUAUCAAAUCAAGAAUGACCUGCAGUUCCUUGGAUGUUACUCCGAUAUUUAUUAUAACAUCCUUAAUGGGUUUCCAGUUUGUUGCAGGAGAGAUUUAAGUAGGAAACUGCACCUGGGUAGAAUAACUGUGUGUCUUGAACUUUUUCCAUUUGUGCACUGUCUGACAGUAUGUUGGUGGAGUUCCAAAUCCACAGAAAAGAUGAAAACCCGUCUCAGAGCAUUUCUGAUCUUAAUAUAGAGUGGGGCCUUCCAAACUCAAUCUCCAAGAUCUAGCUAAUUAUUUAAAUAUUUGAUUCUAAUUAUUCCCUUAACUAAGGUAAUGAAACUAGGGACUGACAUUUGUUUUUACAUCCCCUGUACAUUAAUUAAACGCAAGGGAGCUAGCAUCGGGCACAAGUCAGGAUUAAUUAUUCAUUGUUUGUUUAAUUUAUUCAUCAUUUUUUUCAUAUAAAUCCUGUUAGAUAUUUCCAUAAAUACAGGUUCAAGGCUAUCAUGGGAAACCUAUGACAUUUCCAUAUUUAUCUUUGGGGUUCACAAACUUUUUCUUGGCUCUCUGAAUUGCUGUCAGCGUUACAUCUGUCUUAGAGAGCUUCCACUGUCUCUGGUCACCUCUGGCCCUAAUUCGUGACCCCUCAAGACCGCCAUCCCUCCUGGCAUUGCCUAGUACUAGUCUGGUAAACAACAAAAUAAACAGCCACUCUAUUUAA